GCCAAUCGCUGCUGCUAGGGGUGGAGCUGGAGCUCCAGCAGAUGAAACCGAGUGCCUUUCCAGCACAGUUGGUCUGGGCGACUGAGAGAUCUGUUUGUGGGGAGAGGAGAGCUGGGACUGCGGCUCCAACGCGCUCCUACCCCAGCAGCACCGCAGGAGCGGCCGUUACCCUCUGCACAUCGGCGACGUGAAGAUGAAAUCAUCUGACAUUGACCAGGAGUUGUUCACUGAAAGUUACUGCAGAGUGUGCAGCGCGCAGCUAAUAUCCGAGUCCCAGCGCGUGGCCCACUACGAGAGUCGGAAACACGCCAGCAAAGUUCGCCUCUAUUACAUGCUUCACCCCAUCGAUGGAGGCUGCCCAGCUAAAAAGCUCCGCUCAGAAAACGGCAGCGACGGUGACUCGGUGGAUAAGAACAAAUGCUGCACACUAUGUAACAUGUCCUUUACCUCAGCAGUGGUGGCUGAAUCGCAUUACCAAGGGAAAAUCCAUGCCAAAAGGUUAAAGCUGUUGCUAGGUGAGCCGCCGGCGCUGAAGGCCACAGAGACCCUGGGCUCCCUGAAGCAGCCCCGCGCGGACCGGCCCCCGGCAGCAUCCCCACCGCAGCCGCGCAGGGACUCGGACCGCUACUGCCAGCUGUGCGCCGCGUGGUUCAACAACCCCGUCAUGGCCCAGCAGCACUACGAUGGCAAGAAGCACAAGAAGAAUGCGGCCAGGGCUGAGCUGCUGGAGCAGCUGGGGAAGACACUGGACCUGGGUGAGCUGCGAGGCCUGAAGCGCAGCUACACGUGCAACAUCUGCAACGUCACACUGAACUCCAUAGAGCAGUACCACGCGCACCUGAAGGGCUCCAAGCACCAGACCAACCUGAAGAACCAGUAGCAGCACAUGGGCUGGAGCGAGGAAAAGCACCGAGAGCUCUGCUGCAGGAGCAGCUGCUGGGCGGGAGGAAGGAUGCUGUCCUGGACAAUGAUCCCGUGCAGAGUCGAUGACUAACACGUAACUAACCCUCGCUUUGGACAGAUACAUGGAUAUAUAUAUUUUUUUUUAAUUUUGUGGUGAGUUAAAAUAUUUCAAUGGAUUUUUUUACCCUUUCAAGAUAAUAUUUAUUCAGCACAGUCUAGAGAAUGAUAACUAUCGUGUAAAUACGGCGCUUAAUCAUCACUCAUCGUCAGAGACAGAGGAAACAAAAUAUUUUACUUUUUCAUAUUUAUUCUUAGAUUUCUUCCGAGAGCAUAAAAAUAUUCUAUUACAUUAUCCACGGUAGUGAUGUAAUCAGUCUUCAACCAGAAAUAAACAUACUUUCUUCACCUUCUCCAGCAUGGUUUGUGUCGACACGUUGACAGCCCAAAGUGAAUCGCAGGGAUUGAAUAACGGAUGAAUGUUUUCCUUUCCUCUUUGUCUUCAGAGAAACAAAUGGUUCACUGAGCGGAGAAAGCUAAAAUGAAAGCGUAGGAUCCUUUUCCUGCUGGUAGGACUGCUGAGGGCUGGACGGGAGCUGUCUGCUCUGCUGACUUUGGACUCACACCGAUGCCCAAUGCCCCUCGCUCUGCAGCAGGGAGGUGGGUGCAGGGUGGGGAUGCUGCCAUGGAGGCUGCUUCCAGGACGUGGAGGCAGGACCCCUGCUGGAACACUUCCCAGUGCUGGCUGCUCUGGAGAGCCCCCUGGUCCAACCUGAGGGCUGCGCAGCUGUGGCAGGGACUGGGUCCUUGCUAACAGGGAGGAAAAAGCCUCGAAGGUUUGGAAAGAAAACAGUGCAACGCCCUCGGAUGUCCAAGAGGUGUGCUGUGUGGAUCCAGGCUGGGUCCCCAUCUGCAGCUCGUCUGCAAGGUGUGAAUUGCUCACCGCUGCUGGGGUGAGGUGAGAUGUGAGUACCUACCCACUGGAAAUGAGGGGGCUUGCAGUGGUGUUAGGCUUUCUGCUGCAGUCAGCAGAGAGAGACCAGAUUUCUUGCCUCGCCUGCUGCAAUGCGAAGAACUGUGAUAACCAAGAUCAAAUUUCAAGUAUCUCCUACAACCAAUGCAGAACAACCCUUGCUGUGCCCUGUGUUCUACCAGCUCGUUUAGUGCACUUUGCAUGCAGCGAACCUGUCUUGCGAAUGUUGAUAGAGAUUAAGCACCACCUCUUCCAGAGCAAUCUGGCUGGUUUAUGUAUCUGUCGUAGCACAAUCCUUCUGAGACCGGCCAUUUCCCUGCUUCUGCGUCUCUGAAAUAACAGGCUCUGACAUUUCCUCUUUGAGCACGCUCAACUAGAGGCUGUCUGGUGUCUUUGGAAGGGAGUGGUGAUGUCUACAGCUCCAUCAGUUCAUUUACCAGAAAUGCAGCAUCUUGAAGAGAGCAGUGCCCCACUGCUGCUGGCUCUGCGUUGGGAAACUCUGAAUUUAACCCCCAGCUUGCCACGAGGGCCUGCAGGUUUGUGAAUUCUCUGCCACGUGAACAAACCUUCCGUAGGUGAUUAAUCUGAGUCCUCCAUCUGCUUCUCUGCACGCUGAUAAAUCAAAGCAAAGGAAGAACGUGCUGCUCUGCAUUUUGGUGUGGAGCAGCAUUGUCCUUCAGAUGAGGGGCAGUUGGGCACAUCCCCUGGAAACCUGCGGCUGUGGUGCAAAUGUCAUUUGAUCUGUUCACAGCAUCACUGCUGUCACUGUAUGUCUGUACCAUGGUUGCUGGUAAGUCAGCGAGCUCGGUAGCAGAGGAUGCUGUGGGCACUGCUUGCUCGUGGAGGAACAGAAAACAGUCUGACAGCUGCAAGCUCUUUGUGCCUCUCCUGCCCUGGGGUGCUCGCUGCGGGGCCGUGCUGCUGCACCCGACGGGCGCUGCAGGAGCAAGCAAAGGGCUCGGCUCCCCUCACUGCUGGCAAUGCUGUGCCACUGGUUUUAUUUACUGUCUCACCUGGGACUCUGAAAUCCCUCACUACCUCGCUACCAGGGUCACCUGUUUGAUGAAAACAACCCCUUUUUUUUUUUGUCGGCGAAAACGAUUAUUUUACCUUGAGAAGGCAAUUAAAAGCCCAGACUCACCAGAUGUAUUUUUAAAGGACUCUUUGCAAAUCUUUGGGAGAGAAGAGAAAUAAUUCUCCUAAAUCAGGAGGAAGAUCAAUAAUACAUGUUGCUCCGCAGAAGGCCGUGUUUAUUUUGCCUGCCAGCAAUGAAACUCAAUAGACCCCCACCAGUCGAAGAAUAAAUGAGGCCUCUGUGGUUUUGCAUUGCGGGUUUCUUGUGUGUGUGUGUUUUUUGUUUUGCUCGUUUGUUUUUGUCAUAUGAAAUCUAUUGGCAAAUAAUGGGCAAUGAUCAGUGCUUUAUUUUCAUUUGGCAUUUAAUCAAAGGGACAUGCUACAUCCGUACAAGAGCUGGGCUGAUUGCUUGACCAAACAGGACAAACCAUUGUUCAUCCUCACGGCUGAUGGAAUAAAGAUGAAUAUCGUCGUGUUUGAUCAUAGAGAUUACAAAGAACAUGGGGGAAAGUCUCCCACUCCCCUUUUUCAGCUGUGACAAGUGGGAGGCACAGAAACAAAAUUCACAUGGUGGAGGAAAAUGACUGCACUGCUGAGGAGGACAGCGAGCACAUCGUUACAGCGUGUCCCCUUGGUGCUGUGUCCUCUUCCCUGACUGCUGCUGCACUUCUGCCUUCAGCUGUGCAGAGGGAAAGGUUGGGUACGCUGCAGAAUGUAAUUGUUUACUCUCUGGGGUCAGUAAAAGUACUAAAGCAGCUCUAUGUGAUUAAUUUGUGCUCUUGCAUCAAUGCCUUUCAUGUGUGCAGGAGGACGGGCUGUUUGCAGAUGAGUAAGCAUCUCCUUGGGUUCCAUAGCUAUGGGGCUCUUUCGUUUGUCACGUUCUGGGUGAUAAAGCAAGGCAGUGUUUCUGAAAGUAAACUGCCUCUUUACAGAGAGAAUGUGGCACAGAAAUAGAGCACACCACUCAGGCGGGUGCGGAAUUUCUGAGCUCCUUCCCCCCAGACUCCCGCAGCCCUGCUCCUCCUUCCAGCUUGCGCUCAGGGUGCUGCAGAGGUGAUGUUGCCAAGAGGAAGAAGAAUUGCCUAACUUGUGUGCUCAGGUAAUCGCUAUGAGCUAAUUGCAGCAAAUUAAUUACAGCACAAACACAAUUUCUUUUCCCGGGCAGGUGUGCAGAGAGCUCUGCUCUUGCUGCAGUGCGCUGGGCUGAGCACACAGCCUGCAGCCCGGGUCCUCCCCAGCUGUGCUGCCUGCCUGCUCAGAAGCAGUGGCUGCGGGCUUUGGUCCCUAAAUCCUUCUAAUCUCUUGCUUUUCUGAAGUUCAUCAGGCCCUCAAAGCAAGACAUAAAAAGACAAAUCUCCUGGUGGGAAGUCAGCGAUCCCUGCAGAUCUGCCUCCAGACUGCGCGCUUUGCUCUGAUGUUGAGACGGGUACAGCAUCCCAAGCUUAAAUGCUGUGCAGAUACAUCUGGGAUCUUUGGAAAUGGAUGCAGUGAAACCCUUGCAUCCCUUGAGGUUAGUUUAAAUGGAAAGGUGAAGACUUUUGCUUAUAAUUUCUUCAUUAAAACUACAGGGGCUGCAUUUUUCACGCAGCACAGCUAUACGUUACAGGAGGUAAUUUCGUUCCGCUCAAACAUUUUCGCAGCUUAAAAUUCUGCAUAAAGGAGUCUGUAAAGAUAAUAACUGUCAGUCUGGCUGCGUCAUGCAUGCGCAUUCCUGAGGAGCAGCGUUAACGGGAGCACUGCUGGUGGCUGGAGGUGUGAUUCCAGCACCAGAGCUGUGAUCCUGUAGAUGUGUUUUGCUCAAGUUUUGCAGCACACACCAAUACCGUUCCUCGGGCUGUGAUGCAAAGCCAGCAGGUGAUGUCUCAGAAGGCCAGAAGCUGCUUUCCUGUGGCAUUCUAUGCUCAGACACAUUACAGCACAAAUAAUGCAUGUUUUCUUGACUGGCUUCCUGUGUUAAGGCAAUAGAGCUCUAUGGCAACAGUCUGUACAGUGACUCUGCCCUGAGGCACACCACUUAAUACGAAGAAAUUAAUCAUGGGAGAAGAAUGCUCCUCGUGUGUAAACGGUACUUUCUUUGUUAAGUUCCUCUUGCAUCAGCCUCAUUAGCUAGCCCUGACCUUUAGAUCCACCUUCCAUACUCUUCAAGUUGUGCGGGUGAAAUCCCUCCUCCAGGCUGUGCCAGCAGCUCGCCAUGGUUCUCUGGGUCCUUCUGAGCUCCUGAGCGUGCAGCUUAAGGUCCUCUCCCACUGUGAGAGCUGGUUGGAACCUCCACGUUUGGUGCAGCGAGAGGCAGAGAGGACCCAAUUUGGUUGUUAAAUAUUCGUGACCUAAGGGAAGAAAGAGCAAGCAGGCAUUAACAUCCGUGUGUGUCCCCCACUUACAUUACUGCGCUGAGCUUAUUGCAAGACUUGUCCCUCCGUGGUCCACUGCUUGCUAAUAGAGCCUCGCGGUGUGCUCAUACAUCUCUGACAAUAGCUUUUGUCUAAUAUGUUUUUAAUCAGUGUGUGCAUUUCGAUUUGCAUAUUAAUAGCAAAGAGAUGUUAUUGUACAGUGCUGUUGAUGAGACGGCUGUCAUGCCCAGCCUUCAAGCUGAGGAGAGAAAGAAAUCACAUCUAUUGUAUAAGAGGUGCAAUUGCACAUGUUUUAGGAUCUACCAUUCUCUGUCUCUAUUUAUCUCUGCCUUUCAUUUUCAUUAAGAGCUCGGAUGGGUGUGUUCUUUUUUUUUUUCUGUUUUCUUUUUCCCCUAUGAGCAAGCAUAAUUUAAAAGGAUUUUGUGGCUGUUGUGACAGCUCCAAGCCAGCCUAAAUACCACAUUUCUACUGGACAUUUUUGACUUGCAAAAUGGCAAAAGCUUGAUUUCUUUCUGUUUUCCCUAUCCCCUUUCUCAGCUCUUCCCCUGCUGUGUCAGAUGACGCUGAUGCUGUCAGGGCUCUGGAGUUUGGAGGGUGAGUUUCUGCAUGUUGGUUUUGCUCUUCACUUCCCUUCCCACUUGGCUCAGCAGGAAAACGGCCCGAGGGCAAAAAGCCAAGAGUUAAAGGAGUGAAAUUUAAAAGAGAAAUGAAGGAAGUUGGAAACAGAGGAAAAAAAUCCAGAGGAAAAAGCGCAUCCCCAGCAGCCUGACCCUUCUAAUUGCUAUUGGAGCUCCCCGGCAGGUGGAGAAAAAGCAAAUGUUUUGGCCAGCAUGGGCUGGGUGCCGAGGAGCCUGCUGUGUGCUGCUGGGAGUGAGCAGCAGCGUUCAGCCCAGUCCGCUUUUAGCAUCACUAAACUUCCAACAUGCUCUCCUAAUCCGAGAUCAAAGCACACAGUCAGCAGAAGGCAUUUGGAGGGAGAACAGAGCUCCGUUUUCCAUCCGUUCCCCUCUGCCAACAAAGCUGUUCUUGCUGAGCAGCGCCCAGCACGGGGUCCUGGAUCCCACCGGCUUCUGGGAGCGGGUCCCUGCCCCUCCUGCCAGGAGCAGAGCUCAGGGAGAGCCCCUGGGGGCAUCCCCUGUGCUGUGCAGAGCGGCAGCAUCAGGCGCACAACUGCGGAGCGGAGCAGGAGCUGCUCACACACGCGCCGUGUAAAUAUUGAGUGACAAUAUUUUGAAAGAGGAACCUCUCUGCGAGAUGGGAGGCAGCGCAGAAUUAGGGGUUUUCAAUCACGGCGGCUCCACGAGAAAAGAAGCGCAGCUGCUGCUCUGAAACGAGGCUGAAUCCUGCAGACACCCACUGCCGUGCGGGACAAAGUACUGCGAGGUGGGAGAAAUCCCCGUGAGCGUUUGCUGCAGAGAAAGUGGCUGGAGUAAUGAGACCAAGCAAAGGCGUGGGACGGAUGUUUCACUCCAGAGCUUCAAUCCAUUUAUAUAAUCACAGUUGUUAUCGCAGUAAAUGUAAAUAACUGAUUGAGUUCAAAUUUAGUGUUUGACGACGCUGAUUCUUUGUGAGUACACACUGAAUUCUUGGAGAAUUGCUUCAUUUCAUCAGAUAGACCCACAGUGUUUUCAACAGCCCUUUAGGCAUUUAGGUAGGAACAUACUCUGUGAUUUUUCUUGCUCUCCAAAGCAUAAAGCCUCUUACAAGUCCAUGUUUUAAUCAAUUGCUUGAAUCAAAGUAUGUGGCAGUUUGGCAGCUUGCCCUUUGCUGCAUUGCCAUAGCUGGAAUAAUAGCAAUAAUGGUAUCAUGAGAAUACAAAAAGGCUGCUUUGCACCUUGUCAGCCCACGGCAACAAAUAACCAGGAUGACCUUAAUUUGUUUUCUAUCGGAUGUGCUGGCCCUCAACCUUCAGUAGCAUCCAAGAUGGGCAUCAGAGCCACAGUCCGUCUCCCCAUGCGAAGCAGCAGCCUCCCUAAUUAGCACGUGUGUAUCCCAGCAGCUGCUGCCCUGGUUGGGGUCAUGUGGGGGCUUCACCCUGUGCGGUUUCUGCUCUGUGCCGGAUGGAUGCUGCGUCCCUGCAGCCAGGGCAGAGCAGGACAGACCCCACUGUGGUGGUCCCAGGGCUCUUUGCAGAGGGCUGUGGCAGCCGAAAGUGAGGUGAGAUUGGAACUGUGGGGCUGGAGGGGCUUUCAAAGGUCUGGAGACAGCUGCAUUCAGAAAUAGAUCAGAGCAGCACUUCCAUCCAAAAGCAAGAAAUAGUAAAAAGUGGCUUCAAAAUAGUGCUGUCCGUGAUAUCCCACUUGUGCACACUUUUAAUGAGGCUGGUGCUGGUCUUAACAGGAGAAUGGCCUCAAUUCCGUUAUAGCUUUGUGCUAUUGAUAACAAUGCUUCUCUUAAUGAGAGCGUUAUUUUCUUUGUUGGGAAAUGUAGGAUGCAGCAGAUGCACAGCGUUAAAUAAUGAACAAGCGACUCAGCCAGAGCCAGGUGCAUGGACAGUGCCCUGCUGGGGACGAGGGGGCCCUCGGAUGGACACUGCAAGGAUGUGCUGUGUGUUCAUCCUUGCAGAGCAGAAGGAUGGAGAUGCCCGUGCUGCUGGGUGCUUCGAUUCCGCUGCUGGGAGGGGGCUCCUGCUUUUGUUGGUGCCAUGGGGCUCUCUUCCCUCGGCUUGCCCUUGAGGCAGAUCGCUCGCAUCUAUGCCUUCGGUCACUUCUGUAGGUUUCAGCAGUGUGCACCUUUGGCAAGGUCUGGCCCAAGCCCAGCUGAGGUGAUGCCUCUGUACCACCACUGCCACAGCUGCCUCCCCCCGCCCUGCUAUGAGUCACUUCCAAAGACACUUUUAGAUCAUUAAUGCAGAGAUGCAUUAAAAUGAACCUCGGUAAAAUGGCAACGCUGAUAAAAGCAGCCCCCAUUCUCCACCCACUCCGUGCCCCAGUUCCUCAGGUUCAUUUCUGUCUUUGAAUCAGACAGAGGGAAGCUCCAAUUUUCUUCAAAAUCGUGUCUGGGUCCCAAAGGGAGCCUGGUGCAGACACACAGCUGCUGGGCUCCUGCAGAGACACUGGGGAGCAACUGGAAGCGAUGGAUUGUGCUGGGGGCAGUGGCUUUGGGGGGGGGGGGGUGCAUUGGCAUGUACUGUGCAGUCCUACACCAAGCUCCAAGGAUUGCAUUUGUGCUGGUGAUGCCCCAGCUUUGGGGUCUGUUGCAUGGAACAAGACCAAGCAGUAACUGAAUGACAUAAGGUUUUGCUUUAACACUGAUGAGUUGGGGAAAUGGCGAUCACAGGAUGUUAUUCCAUGGAGUCAAAGAGGAAAAGUCAAAUGGAAAUGGAGGAUAAGUAUGCAAGAACUAAAGCAAAGCAACUUGUCGGGGAGACCAAAGCCACCACUGAGAUAAAUCCUUACAGAACAGAGCUGAAGAGCCAGAUGAUGACAUGCUCUUUCCUAGUGAAUUUACUCAGUGGCAGUGAGGCACAGAUGAUCAGCAGGGCGGUAUAAAUCAGCAAAGUGUCCAAUACAUCCCAGCUGCACUGAUGUGACCCAGAAAGCUCCAUCAAGCUAUUACAUCAUGUGCACAAGACGAGCAGUCAAGCCCUUCUUUACCGGUAGAAACCAACAUUUUGGUAAAACUCAUCUUUAUUUUGAAUGUUGUCCUCAGCAUCACAUUGGUGGCCGCUUAACAAUAAGUGCCUACAAGUCCUGAAAGCCAGAAGGCAAAAUCAGCAGGAGCAUGGCUGGCAGGUGCUGAGCAUUUCUUUGGGGCCUCAUACACCAGGAACGCGGGCUCUGGGGCCGCUGGGAUGCAGGGUUCUACCUGCAGGCUUUCUGACUGUGAUAAUGGGAACAGGGACUGGGGGAGUUCCUGCUGACUUUCACCUUCAUCAUCAGCUCUGUGUAAAUUAGUGUUAGUUGUAGUGAUGGUAAUCUAAGAAUAUAGGCAAAUUAAGGUUUAUAGUAAAAAACAGAAUUUAUAGUGAAAUGCACAGCUUCUUUUUUUUUUUUUUUUUUUUUUAUUAGAGCAUCCAAUACAGUUGAGAAAUGGACAAGCUUUAGGGCAAAGAGGCCCCAAAGGACUUCUCUGGGUCUGAAACAGAAACAAAAAGCUUCAAGCAAGAUUCAGGCUGGGAAAAAAUUCAGCUUCAGUUUAACAUAAUUGUGGCAACAAAUUAGAGAGUUAGGAGGAAAAUAUACCAGUAAGCUCCUGUAAAAUUAGCUGUUAUAAACCUUGUGUAUUAUUUCAAAUCUGGGGUAUUUAAAUCCUGUUACAACCACCACCCAAUUUCCCAGUAUUUAAAAUACAUUUAUUGUUUUGCAAGGGACAAACAAAUUGGAACUGUCACUUGGCAGAUGUGGGUUGCACACGUUGUGAUCCGCCCGUGGGGGUUUUGUACAACGCAUUCCGUUGUUGUUCAGCGUGUCGUUUGUACGUGGCAAUGCCCAACCCGGUCACUUCUGUUCCGAGAACAGGAUAUUUGUGUAUGUCCCAUUUCUGAAGCAAGCACAAUCCGAGAUUGUAUUUCAAAAGGAAUGUUAAAAAUAAAUAAUUUGAAAUUCAUACUGAA